AUGAGCUAUCUCGGUGUGGGUGUGAGUCCUGGCAAUGUGCCAGUUUACACUAAUUUGAGUGUGAUUGAGAAGAGAGUGAGGGUUGCUGAAUUAGUAUUGAGGUUUAUGGUCUGUGCUUUCGCAGUUGUUUCGGGUCUUCUUGUUGGAACUGACUCACAAGUUAAGGAGAUCUUUGGUAUUAGGAAGAAAGCCAAGUUUACAGAUGUGAAAGCCCUUGUUUUCAUGGUGAUAGUUAGCGGUUUAGCUGCAGCAUAUUCACUAGCCCAAGUUGUUAGGUGUGUUUUGAGUGUGAUGAGAGGGGGUUUGCUUCUCAACAAGCCCUUGGCUUGGGCCAUUUUCUCCGGUGAUCAAGUGAUGGCUUAUUUGGGCGUGUCUGCGGUGGCAGCAGCUGCGCAAUCGGGGGCGCUGGCGAAGUUGGGGCAGCCGGAGCUUCAAUGGAUGAAAGUAUGCAACAUGUACGCCAAAUUUUGCAACCAAAUAGGUGAGGGAAUUGGUGCUGCUCUGCUGCUCAGCCUCUCUAUGAUAUUCCUCUCCGCUCUUUCGGCUUUCAGUCUCUUCCGUCUGUAUGGCCUCAAUAAAGCACGUUCAAGUCUCAAUGCUGCAAAGCAUCCCGGGAAAUCCGUGGACUGUUUCGUGAAGAUGAAGCAACCGUUGACAAUAUUCGGUGAUAGGUGCCCGAAGGAAUUCCUCGCCGAAAGAAGAACGAACGUUGUCGCAAAAUUUUUUGAGGCAUUCGAUUCUAGUUGA